CGCAGCUGUUUCAACAAGAGCUUUAUUAACUCCACUUUCAGUUUCUAUUAUUUCUACACUAAGCCUGCUAGCAACAGCUGUGAAGAGCGAUGGCCGUGAUAAGGAAAUUUGAUAUAGAUCAUUGCCAGUUUCUGGAAUUGCAGGAUUAAACCUUCUUUGACCAAGGCAGAAAAAUGGCAGCAGUAGAAAUUUGCCCCUUCUGCAAAAAGCCAUUUAAACGGCUCAAGUCUCACCUGCCUCAUUGUAAGAUGGCAGGAGAUACAGACUCAAAGAGUGUUUUAUCUCCCAUCAACAAAGUUCAUGAUUCUGUCACACCUAAAUUCCUGAAUGCUGAGAAAAAGAAAGGGCAAAUCAAGAGUACAGAAAUGGCCUCCAAAAAAGAAAACAAAAAAAGCAAAUUUGACUUGUUGGUAAGAAACAAAGCAAAAACAGCAACAAGUUCCUUAGAGGCACCAGAAACAGUGGAAUCAGCAAGAAGUGGUAGUCUACCUAUGGGUGAAGAUGCACAAAAGCAAAUGAAGUAUGCCACUGGAAAGCCACACAAAGUUGAAGGCAGCAAACAAAGUACCUCAGAAGACGCCCAAACACAGCCAGCUGAAAAGGUAUUUUCAGAAACAAAACUUGCAAAGAAGUCAUCCAUGGUACAGAAAAGCAGUAGUAAAGCUACUUCGGAUGAAAAUGAGCUUGCAUCCAGUCUUGCUUUGGAGCUGCCAAUUCAGAAUGGAAAAUCAGCUUCAGAAUCAUCUGUCCAGAUAAUUAAAUCAUCUCCCAAACAGAGGCAAAAGAAGGAGCAGAAUGUGUCUGAUUGGCCAGAUUCUUUCAUUGAUGAUCUUCAACCGAUUCCUCAAAGAUUUUUUGACACAAUAGAACUAGUGAUUGAGAACCAUCGUGUGAGAGUGUUGAGGAAGAGGUGUGAAUCUUCAGUUCAAAAUAUCCUAUUAAAUAAAGCUAUCAUUGGCAACCAGAAGAUAGGACGCUGGCUUGUGAAAUCAUCAUUUGGAGAUGCAGAGAUUGCCUUGGCUGAUGGGCAGCCAAUUAUGACAGAACCCACUGAUGGAAAGAGCAGUUUAGGUCUAGACUGUGCAUGGAAUAUUUGGAAUGGAGAGACAGAAGAGGUUGUGACUACAGUUAAAGCACACACACCUGAUGGCCAUUUUGUGGGCAGCUGUAGAAAAGUCUCUAGUGUUCCUCUUCAGCUGGCUACAGGAAUAAAAAGCAUGAUAAAUGAAAAUCCUGUGUGUUUCAAAGGAGAGGAGUAUCCUCAAGAAUCUCAAGAUUAUACCAGUCCCAAGUCAACUACCUACCCCUCAUUUGCAGAAGCUCUCACAGAAAGAGAUGAUGAAACAUCUAAUUACUUAACUAGUCUGGAAAAAGAUACUGAUUUAUGUUCUGGGACUGUUGUGACAAUAGGAGGUAAAAAUUCAGGAAUAUCUCUCAAACGACUGUCACUCCCAACGUUAGAAAUGACGGCUGCCCAUUGGUGCUUACCUCCUGAUAGAGGCAUACAAUCAAGUCCUUUGGGUCUAGAGUGGUUUCCAGAACUGUAUCCUAAUUAUCGUGGGCUAGGUUUAUUUUCAAGGAGACAACCUCAGUGGGCUACAAGAGUCCCAGAACUUCAAGUAUUCAUACCUCCUUAUGAAGGUCAUCAAGUAUAUAGAAGAAUGAACAACUGUGCCAGCACACUCGGAGAGUGCUUUGGGGAUGCAGUCCUGCUGGCUUUUGGUCAUCAAAAAUCAUUUGAGAUGUUUAAAAAAGACUGUUCGAAGGUGGUGGUGGUGAGGGAGUGGGAGUUAUGUAAACAAUGUAACCUUAGUACUGAGAAUGUAUUUUGGUUCCCUAAUCAAGAGACUUGCAACAAAGAGCUGAAAAAAAACCCAGGGAAUCAGUUUAUUUUGUCUGUUAUUUCAAUAUGUGCUUCUGCUUCAGAAAUGAACACAGUAUAUAACAAUGGAGCAGUUCCUAGAGUAACCUAUAGGCAUCUGAAAUUUGUUAAGUCUUUUAGAUGCUACAGGACUCUUGGUGGACUGUGUGAGUGCAUGUGUGCGUGCUGCAACAGACUGUUACUCCUCCAGAAGUUGUUGUUAUACACUGAACGUGGAUCUCAGUCCAGGCCCCAUAGACUAAACUGGGGGCCACUGACCCCUUGGAUUUUGCUAUGAAGCUGGUUUGUUUUAAUGUGAGUUGACAUAAACCCACUUGAUCCAGGAGAACGAGAGAAAACAUUCUUUCCUCCUACCUCAAAUCUUCUGUUCUGCAGUUUGCCUUGCAAAGAGCAACAACAGAAUGACUUGUGAAAAGCACCCUCUGUCCUAUAUGAAGUGACAAUCUGGGUGCUUCUUAAUGAGUACGUCACUGAGUGACUGCGCAACCCUACCUUUUCACUAGAAAUGGAGCCUUUCCUUGCAACCAGAUCUGCUAGUUGGACUCAAAUAGCUCAAUAUUUAGAGGUACUCUGGAGCCCUUUCUACAGCUAAUGGAUUUCCUUGUGAGGAAGCACCCAUGCCUGCCACGUGUUUGUGAGUCUGUCAGUUAGUUUGCUGUGGUGCCGCAGGGGGUGGGGGAAUUUCAGCCUGUUUGUGAAAUAGAGCUCUUUUCGGUCAGCAGCUCUCCGUGGGAAGCAGAUCCAUGUUUCUCACAAUGUCUGCCCAGCCUAUCAUGCAGAACAUCACAGAGAUGCAUUGUUACUCCUUAGAGAAGAAUCCACUGUCCUACAAAUCCCAGUGUAGAGCAUUGGUCAGUGAUCCCAUCAGUAUGGGCUUCAUCAGCUAUUCCUAAAAACCCUAGGAGGAGGAAAACCCUGGUGCAGGCACAUCUCAGAAACUUGCAAAGAGGAGAGGAUAUUAUUGCGGGGAGGGGGAAUCUAGCUGUUGUCUUUCGUAGUUCUAUUGACAGAAAAAUGUGUGCUGGAUGCAAAACUCCAUGAAUUGCCUGCUUGGCUAGCUAUGCAUGACUUGUCUCCACAGGGGAUGCUUGGAGCAACAUACAGAGG